AUGUCCUCCCCAGCAACAACACGUAUCGAAGAUACUUUCACCAGCAAACGCGUAACCAUUAAAACGACCCGCUCCUUCGAUGAGGUAACUGCCCGCCUUUACAACUCCAUUGGGACUCCUGCGGAGGCUGGCUGGCCUUCUAUCGUCGCAUACCUCCAAAGUCCUUCUCCCACAAAAGAGGGCUUCGUCGCAACCGCAAAGCAGUACAUUGGUCCGGAACUCUUCAUGUUGUUUUGGGAAAUUGAUCAUAGCCUCUGGACGCCCUUGUAUGGCAUUGCCCCAGGUCAAAGGAUUAAAAGAGUUGUUUUGGGAAACCCCAUGAGUGCAGCGACAGUGCUGGCGCAUGAGGCAAAAGCGGGACUGGCAGCGCCAGCGGAGAUACUGAUUCUCGAAGGAGCCGGGGGAGAAGGCACUGAAGUCAUAUUUCAGCUGUUUUCAAGCUUAGCGGCAGGCGUGGAGAAGAGUGAGGAGUUGGUAAAGGCGAGUUUAAAUUUGGAUGAAAAGGUUCAGCACUUGGUGGAUCACAUUACCUUAUGA